AUGACUGGUCGUGGAAAGGGAGGAAAAGGAUUGGGUAAAGGAGGCGCCAAACGUCAUCGUAAAGUUCUUCGUGAUAACAUCCAAGGUAUUACCAAGCCAGCUAUCCGUCGUCUGGCCCGUCGUGGUGGAGUCAAGCGUAUCUCUGGAUUGAUCUACGAAGAGACUCGUGGCGUCCUCAAGGUCUUUCUUGAGAAUGUUAUCCGUGAUGCCGUCACCUACACUGAGCACGCAAAACUAUACUGCAUUAGGCGGGAAGUUAAAAAUUAG